AGCCAUUGCUCGUCCAAAUUCGCUCGGCCUCUUUCUUCUUUUUCCGUUCAACACCACAAUGUUCGAGAAGGUUGUCGUUAUUGACGGAGCUGGCCACCUCCUCGGUCGCCUUGCGUCCAUUGUCGCCAAGGAGCUCCUGCUCGGCCAGAAGGUUGUCGUUCUCCGCACUGAGGACAUCAACAUCUCGGGCUCGUUCAUCCGCAACAAGAUCAAGUACCAAGCUUUCCUUCGCAAGAAGAAGCAGAUCAACCCCAGCAAGGGCCCCUUCCACCUCCGCUCGCCCUCGCGCAUCUUCUGGCGCGUCACCCGCGGUAUGCUCCCCCACAAGACUGCCCGCGGUGCCGCUGCUCUUGAGCGCCUGAAGGUUUUCGAGGGUGUCCCCCCGCCGUACGACCGCAUCAAGCGCGUCGUCGUCCCCUCUGCCCUCCGCGUCCUCCGCCUCCGCCCCAAGCGCCGCUUCUGCCGUCUUGGCCGCCUCUCCCACGAGGUCGGCUGGAAGUACCAGGACGUCGUCUCGACCCUCGAGGCCAAGCGCAAGGCCAAGGCUGCUGCUUACCACAAGCAGAAGCAGUCGCUCGCCAAGCUCCGCACCCAAGCAGUUGCCAAGAGCGCCGAUGCCCUCGCCAAGGUCAACCAGACCCUUGCCCAGUUCGGCUACUAGACAGCUUUGACCGAACAGAGAGUUGGGGGUGCCCCAUGCCCUUUUCUCGUGCCUUUGUGUUUUUUUGAAGUGUUCACAAUGUGGUGAAGUGCAAAAAAAUAGAAGACAUUUUUCCAUUUGA